AUGAACGAAUUUGACCGAAAAACGGUCAUUUUGCUGGACGCCACCCCCAAAUUCGCCCAAUCUUCAAAUGCGGUUCAUUUUUUGAAGAUUUUUAGAUUUUCGAAAUAAUUUUAGUACAGUUGUUUGUAAGGGUAAUGUGACGAAAACGGGAAAUUUUGUUAAAAAGUAGAAAAAUUCGAAUUUUUUGUCCUUUUUGCUACAGUUUCAUAUGCUUUUUUUAAGUUUUUUUCGCGGUUUCAAUUUUUAAAAUUUUUCUUUUAAAAAAAUAGGUUUCUAUAUGAACCUUACUUCAAUUUCAAGUGUUUUAUUGCAUUUUGGAACUCAUUUUGAAAAGUUUCUUUUGAGAUUAAGGUAGAGAAAAUACGUAAUUUUUAUUAAAAUUGGGAAAAAUUCGAAUUUCCCGUCCUUUUUGCCUCAUUUUUGAGUGAUUUUCAGUUUUUUGCGGUUUUGAUUUCAGAAUUUUCUUGACUUGAAUUUCAACUGUUUUUUAAAUUUCAAAGCUUAUUUUUAAAAAUUCAGAAAUUCGCCUUGACCGUCAAGGAAUCGGGCAAAGAUGCACAGCAGAAAAAUUGUGAGUGAGGAUUUUUAUUUUUAUUUGGAUUAUAUAAUUGUAAUUUUGCAAGAAAUGGUUAGAACUGAGUAUAUAUUUUUAGUUUCUUUGACAUUUUUCAAGAAAAAAAGAGUUUUUUUGGACGUUAGCCACGGUUUUUGCUUUGUUAUUUUUGAAAAAAAGGUGGUUUCAAAAUUGCCAAUGAAGUUUAUAAAUAGGCAAAGUCGGAAAGGGUCGAAAAAAAGCUCCAUAGAAAUGUUCCUUGCAUAGGCAAAGUCGGAAGGACUCUUCACGGGCCCUUUGAGCGUCCGUUACAGAUCCGUCUGUUUCCAUUAAUUGUUCCUAAACGGGUGACAAAGGUUUCCUUUUUACUGCCUUUUUGCGUCCUUUCAUCGGCCUUCAUCCACCCUUUUUGGACCCUUUUGAGAAAUAAUUUUUUUUUGAAUUAAGAAUAAUCUUUACAAGUGACUGUGUAUGAACCAAAAUAAGCUACAGUAAUGAAAUCGGAAAUCAUCAAUAGCAGAGAAUUUCAGAACCUUUUUGCACCCUCACCCUUUCUUCACCCUUUUUUUGCCCUUUUAUUACCCUUUUUAGCCCACCAAGAAUGAAAGGCUCAAUAAAGGCCGUAAAAAGGGACCCUUUUAGUGGCCAUUUUGCAUUCACUCCCUUUUUGCACCCGUUUUCCGCACUUCCGACUUUGGCAGUGUUUUAGGGUGGAAAAAGGCUUCUUUUUUUGCUGCCUUGUUGCCCCUUUUCAUCGGCUUUUAUGCACCCUUUUUGCUGCCCCUUUCUACCAUUUCUUGAGCCUUUGAAAUCCCAGAAAAAAUGAAAGGCUCGAUAAAUUGACUCUUUUUGUUGCCUUUUCCCUGCCUUCUUUGAGCCUCUUAUAUUUAGCGGCCAUUAUCCAAAAUUCCGCCUUCGCCCGAGAGGGAAAGAGCUUUUUAUAUAUAUUUUUAUCAUAUUCUAAAGUCGAAAACGGUAUUUUUUUAACGUAAUUAUUUAUUGAUUUUUUUGAUGUUUAAGGUCAUUUUCGAGUUUUUUCAGGUGGGAGAGCACACGAAAUCCAUGUGGACGUGGGGCAUCGAAGUCCUUUUCGAGCUUCAUCGCAUCAUUUCUGACGUUUUUUUGACGAAAGUAAACCAUUGAAAAAAAUUAUUUUUACUCAAGGAAAAUUUUCAAAAAAACUUCAAAUAAGUAUUUUUAGAUAUGAAAAAUGGGGCUUUUUGAAUAUAAUACUUGCAAAUUUUUCUAAAGAAAAAAACCUCCAAUUUUUCAAUCACUAAUUAGCUUUUUCGUUCCAGGACCCAUUUUUUUCUCUUUUUUUCGAAAGAUGGUCGAUUCUUCUAGUGGAAACCCUAGAAGUGAUACCAUAAUAAACGAUUGUUAAAAAAAGAAAAAAAUUAAAAAAAUCGGAAAGAGUUCUUCAGCUGGGAAGUUAUCCAUGGAGCGCAAAAGCUGUCGAGCGAAUAAUAAUAAUUUUUUUUGUUAAUUUUUUCUGUAUGAAUGAUUUGAAAAGCUUGAACUAAAAUAAUUUUGAAUGAAUAUUUUGAAUAUUAGGCGACCGAUUGCUGCGAAUCGCCGUGAACAAGCCCGAGCCCGUGAUUUUUGACGAAGAGUGGGAGGAAACUGGAUGGAGCGUGGAAAAGGUGGGAAAUUCAUCAAAAAAAUUCCUCCCUGGGGCUAAAAUUCGAGAUUUUUGUGUUCUUUUUGACUAUUUGGUUGUUUCUACCUUUUUUUUUAUUUCUUAUGGUAUUUCGCUCCGAGACCCGCGUUUUUUGCAGUUUUUAGGGUCUCGAAGCGAAAUCGUGAAAAUAACCUGGACCUACGGUAGCUUUAUUUAACUGUGUGAUUUCCUCGCUAGAAAUUUUUCAGAUUUGUUCGAAAGCAGAAACAGUGAAAAUUUAUUUAUUUUUCUAGCAAUCCUGUUAUUUUAGUCUAAAUUUUGAAAAUCAAGUCUUUGCUCAAGCUCCGCCCCUUUUGGCACUAUGAACCAAUCAGAGAGCGAGCCAUCCACUGAGCUCUUCCAGAUGACGUCAUUUUACUUGAAAUUCAAAGUCUGGACAGUUUAUGGCGAAAUCUGUAACAGAGAUCGUGAAAAUAUUCCAAAACUUAUUUGCCAGAAGAAACAGUGAGUUGAUAUUUCGAUUCCAGCUGGUCGAGAUGCUCCUGAUGUUCGAGCCUCCCCAGCCGGAAGACGAAGACGUCCCGAUUUGCCGGGGAAUUACGAAGGCUCUGGAAGCUCUCGGAACACUUACAGUCAGACAGAAAAUGGAAAAUGAGGAUCAUCGCAAGAUUUAUUGUCAGUGUUAGCUUGGAAAUUGAUCCUUGUGUGGGAUUAUAGUCUGUGCGCCACAACUUGAAAUUUCACGGAACGACAUUCCGCUGUUCCGCCCUUUGCGAACCUUGGUCGCGCUUUUAAUUUUGUCUUCCUUUUUUAAGGUACUCUACUUUCAUGUGCUCCCAUUGCAAUAACAAUCAUUUGAAAGUGUGACAUUCGAAAAACGCUUCACGAACGCACGCAACGGAACAGCGGAAUGUCGUUCCGUGAAAUUUCAAGUCCUGGCACACAGACUAUAUUAAACGUUCAAAAAGCUCGAAAAUUAUUCUUUCGUAAGAACUGACGUUUAAAAAAUGAACCUUCGCAUGAUAAUUUAUUUAAAUACUUCAAUUCAACUUUUUUUCAAGUUAUUUUUUUCUAAUCUGCUUCGUUUUGAAAUUUAAUUUUUUUGUUCUUGGAGCCUUUUUUAACUACAAAGUCUCGUGUAGCGGUUGAAGUUUGGAGCUUUUCAAAAAAAUUUAGAUAUAUAGUUAUCAUUAUUUUUUUAAUCUCAUAAAAAUAUCUUCUGAUCUUUUCUAUAAGCUCAAUUUUUUUCAGUUGAAUUUGGAAAGAACAAAAAAAUUUUUGGAUUGAAACGGCGAAAUGUUCGAUGUUUUUCUCCUUGAAAAAUCCGAUACUUUAUGACUUUCUACACCUUCUUAAUAUUUUGAAGCAUCAAAAUCGAGCUUAAAACUCAGAAAAAAUGUUAGAAAUAGAAUGAAUGAAACAAUUUUUGAUUAGAAAGACCGAAAAAUUCAUUUUACAGGCUAUUUUUUUAAGUUUUUCUUCAUUUUUUUUUUUUUUUGCAUCUUUUUUUGGCCUUCUAAGACAUCCUAAUAGAACUUAAAAAUCAGAUUUAUAAGCCAAAAAGAAGAUGAAAAAAAAUUAUAAGCGGUGGAACGAAUUUUGAAUUGAAAUAUGUAGGGACCGCAAGCCAUUUCUUCAGAACGAUUCAAAAAAUAUGUUUUUACAUUGUUCGAUAGAGGAGACUGUCCAUUUUCAUAAUCCGUUUAGUUUUCGAAAGAAGCUCCACUAAGAAAAAAGUUAUGGCCAAAAAACGAGCGCGCUCGGCGUUCAACUGGAGGCAAAAUCUCACGGUUUACCCGCUGCCGCACGCUUUCUUUUUAAAUGUUUUUGCGCGUUUCUGGACCGUUUUUAAAUCGGUUUUCUGUUCUGAGAGGUUGGCAGAACUGAGCUUAGCGUUUUGGUAUAAAUCUUUUGUACAAUCCUCAUAAGAAUUUUUUUGAUAAAAUAUCAAAAAACUACCUAGAAAAAAAGGUCAAAGGGAUUUUUUUCAGCUUAUUUUUUUCUUUUUUUCUACUCAGAAAAAAAUUAUUAUUAUUCGAUUUGGAAAAAAAGAAAAAAAUGAAAAAAAUAAUGUUAUUUCGAAAGAAAACAGGAAAAAAAGUGCAAUUUGACUCCGAAAAAAACGGCUCCUGCGACAUUUAAAAGGGCGCAUCGGUGUGUUUGACGCAAACACUGCUACGGACACUUGCACGAAAUCUUCCGAAAUUUCAAAAAAAAUUGCCAUUUUUUCGAGGUUUUUUUAAAGCCGUUAUUUUUUUCGCGUCGAUCGAUUUUUUUCAUAAUUUUUUCAUUGAUAGAGUUUUGAACGCUUAAUAACAUAAUCAAAAAAAUAUGAACGCGAUCCUAUUCUCUCAUUCGUCAACGAGGCAGACGAAAAAAAGGAGGUUUUGGAAAAAAACUCAAAUAUAAUUUGAUUCACUGUCCCAAUAAUUAUUUUUCAUUCUGAAUUUUUUUAUUUUUUUGGACACACUGUUUGUUUUUAAAUCAAAUAAAAAAAGUAUACCAUGUCGCUGAAAUUUUUUCGCAUUUCAGCUUUAAAGUUUGCUGUCACUUUACAAGCUUUAAUAUUUUUUUCGCGUCGGUAGAUUUUUUUCAUUUUCACUCGAAAAAAAUAAAGAAAGUGUUAAUGUAUAACAUACUCAAAAUUCAGAAGCGUUCCUCACUUGGUUUUCUGAAACGCGACGAUUUUUGUGAAACUUGUCAGUUUUUUUCGUGUUAAAUCUUACUUUUUUUCGCUUAAUUUUUGAAAAAAAUACAUAGUUUUUAAAAAAAUAUUCAGUCUUGUAGAGCGUUGUCGAUUACAUAGAUUAACAGAAACAGUUAAUUUUCAAAGUGGGACUUUAGCUAGUAUAAACGCCUCAAAACCGUUUUUGCAACAAAAAAAAAUCGCCAUUUUGGUGGCGUGAAGGGGCGGGGCUUUGCGCCCCCUAGAAAUAUGAAACUCAUUUUGUAAAGGCAAUUUUCGAUUUUCUUGUUGUGAAUCUGAUUUUUUUUUGUUCUUUCCACUUUCUUGGACCUUGAAGACGUCCAAAUCAAGCUGAAAACCCAAAAAUUACACGCAGAAAAAUGGAAGAAAUGACGAUAACUGGAGGAAUAAGACAGCUUUUAAAACAGAAACGACAAAAAUCCAUUUUAUUCUUUCAUAUUCUUGAUGACCUUUAAACCUUUUCAAACCUUUUAGGCGUUCUAAUCAAGUUGAAAAUUCGAAAUUUUCAGCCAGAAAAAUGGAAGAAAUGACGACGUCAGAACGACUCCAGCAUAUGAUUUACGAGGCCGACAAAUUUGUCAGCGAGCCGAAUGUCGGGUCCAUCGUCAUGUACACACUUUGCAUGAAGUUGGCAGCCCUUAUGGAUUUAUUUUAUGAAAUUUCCAUCUUCCAGUGAUGAGGAGAUGAUGAAAGUUGAAGCUGAGGUCGGAGCCUGCCUUCGACGCAAAAAUAAAGAGUUCGCAGACUCGAAAAAAAAGUUUGAAAUUGUCGAUUUUGUGGCAAGAGGUUUUGCGCGAAAAUAUUAGGACACGAAAAUUUAUCUGAAAGGUUUUCAUGACCAAUGAGUUAGCUCAAAAUGGAAAGAAAUAAUUUCAAGAAUUUUUGUAGAAAAAUAAAGCUGUUUUUAGUUUUGAAAAACUACAAGAAAAUUCAAAAAAUUCUUUUGAAAUAUGCAGUUUUUCGCUUCUAAGGCGUUGUGGUCGCGGUCGCGUCGCGCUUGCAAGACUUUUCGAGGUUUUUUAAUGAUUUCUGAGAAAAUUUUUAGUGGCCCCUAUAGGGCCUCGCCGAGAACUACUUGGAGAGGACACUUUAGUGGCCUCUAAACCCACCUCUAUAGUGGCCGCUAUUUUCCGUUUUUGUGGCUACUUUAGAGGUUUUCUAUUUAUUGGCCACUUCAGUAGUUUUUCAUCCAGUAUUCCUUCCAGUAACUCUGAUAAUUUCAAAACAAACGAAUCGGACCAGUUAUGUUGAUCCAUUGACCCCUAAAGUGGCCACUAAAAUUUUUAGUGGUCUAGUAGUAGCACUUAGACCUCUAUAGUGGCCACUAAUUUGACUACUAUAGUGGUUACUAAAACGUCAAAACCCUAUAGUGGCCACUAAAAACUUUCCAAGUAUGUAUGCUAUCGUGCGCAAGUAGUUUUCGGUCGCUUGCACUUUAAAGCAGGCUUAAAUAAAACAAACUUUUUUUUCCCAUGUAAUUUUAGAGCGCAAAAACCUUUUGUCCAAGCUUUUUCCUGUUCUCUUUUCAAAUUCAUGAAAAAAAGAGGUUCAGAUACGCUCCAAUCACAACCCUCAACGUAUUUUUUGUCAAUUUGUACCCGGUCGACGCGAAAUGUACAGUGACGACGAGACCUUUGUUGAAGGUGGGCCGAAAAAUGGCUUAUUCUCCAAUUAAUCGAUCUUUUCAUUUUCCAUAAUUUAUUUUUAUUAUUAGGUCAUAUAUGUUAUCGAUUAGGCAGUGAGCAAGAGCUUUCCAAAUUUUUCAAAAAAAACCAAAAAAGCUGAAAAAAAAAAAUAUUUUUGCACUUUAGAGGUAGCUUGAGAGAAGAAAAUUCGAAUUUUUAAAAAUUGCCGGUCAUUUUUGUUCCAAGUUUGUAGAUUUUUCUAGAUUUUCAAGAAUUCAUCAAUUUCCCCAUACUGGUUAAGAUUCCUUCUGUGCUCAAAACGCUCAAAACUUUUAGGAUUUAUUUUUUUUAUACGUUCAACGCAUAAUUAAGGCUGGAAUCGAUAUUUUGCAUAUUCAAAAAUUACAUGUCACAAAGUUUGAUCUUCAUCUAGCACGGCGUUUUUGCUAGUGGAAGAAAAUGCGGAACCAAAAACACGGUGGGCGGAGCCAAAAUAUCCGCCGUUCCUACGCGACGUCAUGGGAACGGCUCUAAAAGCGUAAAUAACAAGGCAUAUUAAAGGCGCAGGCCGCUGUAUUGCCACAGGUCUUUGAAACGAAUCGAAAUUUCUCUACAUAAACGCAAUUUUCUGCGCGAAAGCGGCGCAGUGCAUGCACACGACACACGACACUUUACGGAGAAAAAGGGAGGUCGUCGAAAAAACGGCGUGCUAGCCCUUUAGAGGAUGUCUGAGCAAGUUUUCUGAAAUUUCCAACUUUUAGACUCAAAUAAGAUCAUUUUUAUAGUAUUUUUCCCACCCUUUCUUACAAAAUUUUGAAAAUCACGGUUGAAUUUAGGUUUAGAGGUCUAUAUGGACCUUUUUCUAGACCUUCAGGAAAAUUUUGAGAAAUUUUCCUGAACGUCCCAGGCUCAACGGAGACUUUUUUGAGAGCUUUAUUUUCCUAGCCAUCCUUUCAAAAAUCAAUAAAAAUCACUGUCGAAUCCCAGAGUCCCCACCACCCGGCCCUGAAGACGUACGUCAUCUCCAGAGCCGUCACCGAGCUCAAAAACGCGGCUCAUUCUUUGGCCGUCGGCGCGUUUGACAUGUUCUCGACGACCGUAACCCGGAUCCCGAUGAAGGAGGAAAACUCGACGUCGAUGAACUAUGACGUCGAAUUAUUCCAUCGAAGGAGAGCCCAUGAUUUGCUCGGCGAGCUGGGCGUUCUCAAGGUGCUUUGAUUGGCUCGAAAAAUGGGCCUUUGACGUCAUCUUCGGCCUGAAAAAUGGUCUUACCACGAUUGGUGAGAUAGUGGACGAAUAGGAGAGGAUUAGACGUCUUUUUAGUGUUUUCCGUCCAAAUUUGUUACAUAUUUUCUUAGGCUUGCUUAGGAAUUCCAGAGUGGUCCCUAUAGGGGUUAGAGAGCAAAAAAACCUUAUAGGGGCCGAAAAAGUUGUCACUAUAGGGGUUUUAGGGUCUGGCCCCUUGGCCUCCGAAGCUCAAGUGGACCCUAUAGGUGUCUCUCAAUUUUAUUCGAUUAUUUAGUUUUUCCUAUGGAAGUGCUUCUUCGCUUAGAGUUCAUAAAACUGAAACCCCUAUAAGGACCACUUUUGCAAGCUUUAGUGGCCCCUAUAGGGGUUACUAAGGCUUGAAAAAUUGAGAGGCCUCUAUAGGGUACGCUUGAGCUUUAGGGGAUGAGGGAUCCUAUAGUAAUUACCUUAAUUUUACCCCUAUAGAGGUUUUUUUCCCCCUAACCCCUAUAGUGACCACUCUGCAAUUCCUAAUUAGGGUCGAAUUAAAACCCAUGGGUAAGAAAGUAUUUUUGAUUUCAGGACAACUCCCAAAAAGCCUACGCGAGAACCGGCGUCGCCUACGAAUCGAUCAGACUUGCCUGGGCGACGGCGCCGAAAAAUCGAGCCUUCGAAGUGAAUCCAGAAUCUUGUACAGAAUCGCGACGUCUUCGAAAUUGCAGCUGACCUUCCCGAGGACCCUGGCGACGUCGCCGUGCACCCCGGCCGAAGGAAACAGUCGGCCCGCGUCUUGUCUCAUCAACUUCGUGAUGGACGGCAGAUGUGUCAUGUUGGAUCUGGAGGUCUCCGGAGAAGCUCCUUUUGAGAAAAUUUCAAGAAUUCCUUAGAAAACGGGUCCGAUGGCCAACAGGACCCCAAAUGUCAACAAUUAUCUGAUUUCCCAUACCCUUCUCAAACAUGCUGGAAGGAUUUAUCUACAUGCGAUCGAUAUUCGAGAAGAUAGUGAGUUUGAGAAAAAUUAUAGUCGAUUCUGAGGCCUGUCUGCGCCCUCCACCAACCAAGCGCUAUUUCUUUUUUAUUGCCAGAAGCUUUUUUUGAUUUUUCAAGUCCUUCGCGAAACUUUAUGUCUGUCUGCGUCUCUCUGUUCCCUCACCGGCGAGGUCAGAGAAACGCGAAAAUAGCACGUAAACUUGAGAGGGUCGCCGAGAGACGAGGAGGGUGCAGAGAAGUCCUCUUUCAGGUCACGGAAAACGGACUAUUCAAGCUUUCUAAUUUUUUAGAUGGUAUUUUUCGAAAGUAUGACUUUCUGAAUACAUUUCUCGACUUUCUAGGGUUCUUCAAGUAUUUUUUUUGAGAUAUUGAUUUUCCUGAUUCAUUAGCGAGAAUGGCUCAACGCGUUGCGGUCGCGCUGCGGUUCGAGUUAAAAUGUCGAACCUGGCACUCGAAGUGUAGUCAAAAUUUGAAGUUGGGCGAAAACCGUUUCGAGUCGGUUGCUUUGAGCGUUAAGCCGUUCCCUAUGUUUUCAAAAUUUUUAAUUUCGACUCUGUCAAAUUUUUUCAUUGAGCUUGAAAAAGGUCAAAGUAACUUUGAUUUUUUUGAGUUUUUUUGAAUUAUUUUUUUGUGAAUUGCGGUAGUUCAUCUCUUUAAAGCCCGGUUUUUUUCGAAAAAUUAAAGUUUUUUUCUUAUAUUAUUUUUUUAUAUUUUUGAAAAUCCUUCUUUUUGAACUACUUCCAUGGGACCCAAAGUUGAAAAAGUUGGGCAAAUAAAAAAAUAUUAUUUAUCAAGCUAGUUUUGCGUUGUUAUAUGCUCCUUAUAUUCAAUUAGAGUUUUUCUGAGUAGUUGGAAUAUUUUUGAAAAUUGUGGAGAAAGGGGAUUUUUUGUAAAGGCACCACAAAAAUCGAUUUUAAAUAAGCCUUUGAAAGGCAUUAUAGAAAAAGGUUAUUCAAAAGAAUUUCUUCAUAAAAUGAAGAAUUGAUCGAUUUUCUGGAUGAAUUUGAAAAAUUACUGUCCUUUCCAGGCUCUAAGGUCAAGGAAAAGGCGGCGAAGGCUUGGAAAUCCACGCCCGUCGACGAACUUCGAGUCGAUUCUCUUCGGAAACUUUUCCAACAAGUCAGACUCCAAAGGCCGACGGAAGACGUGGAAAAUAUCUCGGAUCUUUCUCCCAAAUGGAACAAUCUCCCAUGCGGGAAUGCUCUGCGCAAACUUCAACGGAUCACGCGAAACUUCGAGAUUCGCAAGGAGCGCACUUUCAUCUUCCAGGGCGAUAUUAUUGAGGUUAUCUUUUCGGGAUCAGGUUUCUAGAAGAAACUCGGACCUUGGUAACGCGAACGGGACGCGAAUCGGACGUGUCGGGGCGUUUCUAGGGACCACUUUAGUAGCCUCAGCCCUCUUAAGUGAUCCCUUGAAUCGCCCAGAAACGUCCGAGCACGUCCGUUUCGCGUUACCAAUGUCCGAGAAACAAAGGGUUUUUUGAAAUAUGGGUUCUUACCGUUAUACAGGAAGUUGAGAAAAAGAAAAAAAAAAAAAAUCCUGGAUUCGAACUGAGUUUUCACUACAGAAUUUGAUGAAAAAAAUUAAAAAUUUAAACACAAAUUUUUUUGGAUGAAAAAAAAGGGGGAUUUUUUUCGGAUUUUUUUAGAGGCUUUUGAAUUAUUUGAUGUAUCUGCCUAGCUAUAUGAUUGAAAAGACUGAAAAAAUGCGAAUUUUAGUCGAAAAAUUUUAGUGGCCACUUUAGGGUUUUGACGUUUUAGUGACCACUACCGUAGUCGAAUGAGAGACUACUUUAGUGACUAAAAUUCAGUAGCCUUUUUAGAAAUCUAAGUGGUGCUACUAGAUUACUAAAAGUCACUAUAGUGGUCACUUAGACGCGAAAUAGUGGCUUCUAUAGAGGUGGUUUUAGUGGCCACUUUAGUGUCCUCUUCAAGUAGCCCUUAUGGAGCCUUUUAAGUGGCCACUAGAGUUUUUCCUAGUGAGGUGUUUUUUUCUUUAUACCCUCCUGGGAAUUUUUUAUGAAAUAUUUCGGAUAAAAAAUCAAAAAAAUCAAAUUUCAGCGACAUUUUUAAGCGCUCUACUCAAAGCUAGAAAAGUCUCGAAAAAGGCAUUUUUCAGUUUUUUGUAUCAAUUUUCUCAAUCACCCUUUUGAACAGACUUCGUUUACAAUUUUAAAAAAAAGCUUGAAAAUCGGAUUUGAAAGACAUUUUUAACCGCUUCACUCGAAAUUUUAAGAAAAAGCCAAAAACCGCGGUUUUUUUUACUACUCUUACAUCAGUUUGAUUUUGCUCAAUGACUCUUUCAAAACUGUUUUGAACACUAUAGUUAUUUUUCAAAUGAAAAAAUCUAGAAAAUCGAAUUCCAGAGACAUUUCCAACCGCUCUACCAGAACAUGAUGAAAAACACGUUGACACAGCCCCAAAUGGACGAUUGUUUUGCGGUUUCAUCUCCCUUUAAAAAAAGAUAAAAUGACAAAUUCCAGACGAUCCAAAGACUAGUGGUUACUAGAGAUCAAAGGAAAGCUUUUGCCCUGCCGACCGAACAAAUUAAAACGAGUCUCGUCAAGGAUAUGACCAAUAAGUUUGUCUUUUCUGGCCUCAAAAUGAAGAUUUGAAUGAUUUUGAAGAGAUGAACAACUUCGAGUCGGACUUGCCGAGUUUGCACGAUUUUUGGCCGCUUAUGCAAAUCAUUCGGAUCGGCAUCUGGAGGUUGGUCUCAAUAGUUACCCGGGAAACGCUAAAGUGGUCACUAGAGGGAUUAGAAGCCUAUACAGUGGGCAAAAAAGUGCUCCCUAAAUGGGUUAAAUUUAGAUAUUCAGUUUAGGGGUUAAGGGUCUAAGCCACUAUACGCUUAAGUGGUCCCUAUCGAGGCUAAGGGUCGGACUCCUAAGCCACUCAAGUGGCCCCUAGGGGGUCUUUCAAUUUUCUGUUCCAAUUUGAAAGUUAGAAAAACGUUUCAAAGGCCGCUUUACUUCACCCCUAAUUAGAACCCCUAGAGUGGCCACUUUUGCAAGUUUAAGUGUCCUCUAUAGGAAGUAUAAGAUGGUCCCUUAAGGGAAACCUACAAGAGUCCUCGUCGCCACUUUAGGGGCCACUCUGGCCUUUCUAAGUAUAAUAGAUUCAUCCACUGCAAAGAGAGUUUGUUUUAUUUACAGGAAAAAUGAGAAUUUUAACCUCUUGAGUGGUCACUUAAUCUUUUCGGACAACAAUUUCAAACUCGUAUCCCUUAAGUGACCCCUAGAAAUGGAUCCAUUCCCAGGUAUUCCAAACCUACAUGCGUUCUUUGGGUCUCGACCGAAUGCUGAAUAUCCCGGCCGAUGACGUCAUUCCUCUUCUGAGAAUUCAAGAGUUUGAGCAUUCCAUACCAUAUUGCUCAUGUUACCUGAUUUUCCAGGUUAUCGGAUAAAAAAAGUUCCGAAAAAAUGAGUAAAAAAGACGAUGAGAAGGCGAAAAAAGAGGAUCCGACGAAGAAAAGGAUGGCGAAGGCGGAACCGCCGCCGCCGGUGCCGGAGAAAAAGCCGGUUCCGCUCCAAUUUCAGUGGAAAGCCGGCGGUGAUUGUUGCUCAUGUUUGCUCAGAUUAUUCCCAAAGAGUCAUUGAAACUUUUUCUGCAAGUUUUAAAUUUUUUUAGAAGCAUUUUUUUCUGAAUUUUUAUGAAAAUAACCCGCUUUUUUUCGAACUAAAUUUGCAAGCUCACACUUUUUUUGAGUUUCUAGUUUGAUCAAACAUUUUUGGUGAUUUUUUUUUCUCGGUAAAGCGCACUUGGUAGAAUUCGGAACUUUUUUUGUAUAAAAAAAUUAAAAUUUAUUUUUUUCCUUUUAAAAAAACAAACUUGAAACACAUUUUUUUAAUUAUCAGAAAGAGUUUUUUUGGAAUCUCAUAGGCUUUAAUUUUUUUCAAUGUUAUUUUUAUUGCUCUUUUUCAUGAUUUUUACAUUAUUCGAUGACAAAAGAUUCAAAAUUUUUCAGAAGUCGUCAAUCUUCUGGAUUUCCUAUCGAACCAAAACGAGCAGAAGAUGUUGAGGGAAAGGCGCGAAUUUGUGGGCCGAGAAAGGCCCGGAAAAAUCGCCCGACUUUACCCGAAUUCGAAUUUGGCGCCAAAUGCGACCGUUGGCAUCGUGCCAUCGGCCAAGGUUAUACAGGAAUGA